CCUCCGGUAGCAAAGAAAAAAACAAAAAAAACAAGCGGACCGUGGUGGAGCUGUUUGGAGACGAUUUAAGAAGAGGGGAGAGGUAGCGGGCUCGUGAUGGUGUUCACUGAUGCUGUUGCUUGGAUUCGGGGUGGUUGACAAGUUGGACUGCAGCAGAAAAAGUCCUAACAAGUUCGAAACUCUGCCUCCAAAACAUCAGUGGACCCGUUUUUAUCCAUUGAAGAUCAACUUCUCUGACAAAAAACCCUCAUACAUAUCUGACAACAAAUGAGGCCACCAACUAAGAAAAUAUAUCUAGUUUUUAUUUUAACACAUUUCUCAGGAAUCCUUGAGUGCUGAGCAGAUUAAAUGGACACCUCCAAAGCUCCUCAGAUAACACUGGACAGGGCUUGUGUCCUGGAGGAACCAGAAUGUGAGGAAGAUGCGGAUUUGCCGGCAGAUGACCAUCUCAUGAGCCUGAAAGCCUUGACUGAGAAGUUAAGACUGGAGACCAGGAGACCUUCUUACCUAGAGUGGAAGGCCCGGCUUGAGGCAGAAAGCAGUGAUGCAGAAAAUGGAAAAGGCCUGAGUGUAGUUGAGAUUGAAAAGGAAGUGGUCACUCCCAAAGAGGCUGUUGUGAACUCUGAUGGGAUUCAGUGCAAGUUGCCAUCAGGUGUGCUGAAGGGAUUUGGAAACAUCGAUGAAGCGCUCAGCUGGCUGAGGAGAGAACUGACAGACAUGCGUCUGCAGGACCAGCAGCUGGCGAGGCAGCUCAUGCGGCUCCGGAACGACAUCAACAAGCUGAAGAUAGAGCAGACGUGCCACCUGCAUCGCCGGAUGCUCAAUGAUGCUACCUUUGGCCUUGAGGAGCGCGACGAGCUGUCUGAUCUGCUGUAUGAAUGUCCGGUCACCCCAGGGCUCGGCCUCUCCGCCCCACUGAGACUCAUUGGUGUUACAAAGAUGAACAUUAACUCUCGCCGUUUCUCACUCUGCUAGAGGCAGUGAUAUGACUUAAUGCAGGGAAUAUUCAUAUCAAAACAGCCUGCCUAAUAUUAUCUUUGCUGGGGUUAGAUAGCGUUAAAGUCCUUUGUGUAUUUCAGGCUUUUACACAACACUGUAAGAAUGAACUAAAUGACAAAACACAGAUUUACAGUGUAAUUGUAGAUAAUUCACAAAGAAGAUUUUGAGUGAAGUAGGAACAUUUAAAGUAAACUAUAGACGCCAGCUACUUUCAGAAACCUAUCUGUCUUGACCAUCGGGCCAUCAUGACUUCCAACAAAGUACUUGCAGUUCCACUCGCAGUAAAAACUUUUCAACAAAUAUUAAGCUUGUUUUUAUUAACUUUUUAAACAUUUCAGUCAAAUAAUUAUAUUUUAUAUUACUAUAUAUGUGGUGGUGGUUUGCCGGGGCUUUUGUAUCUACAAGCAAGAUCCAUCACUCACAACAUAGAUAUUUAAAUUGAUUUUACUACACACUAUACUAUAUAUGAUUCAAGGACAUCCUUGUACUUAACCUUUAUUGUUUUGUGUUUUAAAAAAGCUUUAAUAUUGGGGCUGCUGGUAGCCUAGAGGUCAAUGCGCGCGCCCCUUUUGCAGAGGCUGUAGUCCUCCAAGCAGGCCCAGGUUUAAAUCCGACCUGUGGCUCCUUUCCAGAUGUCAUUCCCCACUCU